CAGGGCGUGCGGGACAUCGCCUUCACCUCCGAUGGCAGGAGGUUCUACAGCGUGUCCUACGACAAGAACGUGCAGUACUGGGACACGGAGACCGGGCAGGUAAUCUCGACGUUUACGAACAAGAAGACGCCGUUCUGCGUGUCCGUACACCCCGAUCCCUCGCAGCAGAACGUCAUCCUGACCGGUUGCUCGAACAAGAGGGCGGUGCAGUGGGACACGAACACCUGCACCAUUGUCCAGGAUGGCGCGCGCGCGCGGUCCUUUGGCCGCGUGCUGGGAUUCUUCCGCCCCCUUCGGCCUCGCGGCGGUGCUGGCGCAUCCGCGCGCUCUUACGCCAGCUUGUGGG